CGCUAGCAAACUCCACUCCUGGUUCAAGCGCUUCAGCUCCUCUCGUCUCCUCUCUCCAAAGAAUCGCAGCCAUGCAGUCCAGCUACAGUAUCUCCGGCGGACCCGUCAUGAUGAGCAGGCAGAGCUACAGCUACUCCUCCCGAGCGGCGCCUAAGGCUCAGAGCUUGUCCGGAUUGAGCUUCAGAGGCCCUCGCAUCUCCUCUUCCACCAUGCACAGUGUCUCAUCUGGGUUCGGUGGUGGCUACGGAUCGGCCAGCUUUGACCUGUCCAACGCCUUGGACCAGAAUGCCAUUCAGUUGAACGAGAAGGCCACCAUGCAGAACCUGAAUGACCGUCUGGCCACCUACCUGGAGAAGGUGCGCUCUCUUGAGGCUGCCAAUGCCAAGCUGGAGAAGCAGAUCAGAGAGUACUACGAGCAGAAAGGGCCCGCAGCUGAGAGGGACUACAGCAACUACUGGGCCAUUAUCAAUGACCUAAAGGACAAGAUCAUGGCCGCCACCAUCGGCAAUGCCAACAUCCUCCUCCAGAUUGACAACUCCAAACUGGCUGCUGAUGACUUCAGAACCAAAUAUGAGCAUGAGCUGAUGAUGCGCCAGUCUGUUGAGGCCGACAUCGCCAACCUGCGCCGCCUGCUCGACCAGACUACUCUGACCAAGUCCGACCUGGAGAUGCAGAUCGAGGGCCUGCAAGACGAACUGGCCUACCUCAAGAAGAACCACGCAGAGGAGCUGGCAGCCAUGCGAUCACAGCUGUCCGGCACAGUCAAUGUGGAAGUUGACGCCGCACCCCAACAGGACCUCAACAAAAUCCUGGAGGAGAUCCGCGCCCAGUAUGAGAAUAUCACAGAUAAACACCGCCGCGACCAGGAGGCUUGGUUUAAUGAGAAGUCGGCUGCCUUGACAAAGGAGGUGACAAUCAGCACAGAGACCAUCCAGACAUCCAAGACAGAAAUCGGAGACCUGAGACGUACGCUGCAGAGCCUGGAGAUUGAGCUGCAAUCUCAACUCAGCAUGAAAGGGGCGUUGGAAAACACGUUGGCAGAGACAGAGGCUCGUUACAGCGCCAUGCUCGCCGGCUUCCAGAACACAAUCAACAUGCUAGAGGCAGAACUAGCCAAUGUACGUGCCAGCAUUGAGCAACAGGGCCAGGACUACAGGAUGCUGCUGGACAUCAAGACCAGGCUGGAGCAGGAGAUUGCAACAUACAGAAGCCUUCUGGAUUCAGAGGAAUCCAGACCAAUUGGUUCAGGGAGCUCUAAGACCACAGUCACAACCACCACUGUGCGCACUUCCAGCUAAAAGGCUACAAGGUCCAGCCGUCAAGACAGAGAACACGUGCACACACAUACACACAUUGUGAAAGAAAAGCUGUUACACCUGUUCAGAGAAAUGAUGUCAAAAAGAAAACUGUCCGAAAAUGAACGUUGAAGGAUGUGCUUACGACCGAGAGGAGACGAAAGGUUAUGCUAAAGUUCAUAAAUGAAGACAUCUGUAUGUAUGUGUUUACAAGUGCUGUCUAAAAAAAUAAAUAAAUAAAACUGCUGGCGACCAAAAA